ACACCUGAUAAGCACAGGUACUUAUCUGGAUUCAUUAUUAUUCCUACAAGACACGUGUAGAGAUAAGAUUAAAUGAGAUGGUCAUUUGAUCUAAUCUGAACCGUCAAAGUCUGCUGACGUGUUAAAAACACGUUUUACCGUGUCUUAACGAAACCAGCGAAGCCGAGAACGAAUCAGAGAUUUUUACCGAUAUCCGUCGCUCUCUCCUCCUCCGUCGUCGUGCUUCGCUUCUCUUGCGUGUCAUCUUUUUCGACAAACCCAAAAUCAAGGCAGAAUCUGAUAAUCGAAAGGACCCAGUAGAAAACUUCGCGAGGAAUCAAGGGUUAGAAGCCCUAACUUGAUCGCUAAUUCGAGAAUGAAGCAUUUGGAUUGAGGGCAAAAAUCGACGUUUUUAAAAAGUCUGAACUGAGGUGGAUUCGUUGAGAUCAUCUGAUCAAAUGCUCUUCGUGGAAGUAAACAUUUGAGGUGAUUUGGAGUUAUUGUUUUGGAAUGUUUUCGACUUUGUCAGCUUCUACGAUGCUCUAGAUUUGAGGUGGAGGCAAACCAGGUCGGUAACAAGGUAAGGGGGUAUGUCGAGCAAAACCCGGAAUAUGCUUGAAGGUUUGGUUAGAGAUACUUCUUUUAAAUGGUUGCUCGGGAAACAAAGUUCUUUCGAUGAAGAAAUCGAGGAAAUGGGAAGAUCUCCAUCAGCUGGGACUAAUUGGAUACCUGAGCUUUCUCCUAUUGCCAAUGUGGUUGUCCGCAGGUGUUCAAAAAUACUCGGUGUUUCUGCAAACGAGCUACGAGAUAGUUUCAAACAAGAGGCAUUUGAAUCUCUCAAGCAGCCUUCUCUAUUUCCAAGGAACUUUCUAGAGUACUGUUGUUUCAGAGCACUUUCACUGUCUGUUGGAGUAACAGGUCAUCUAGCCGAUAAAAAGUUUCGGCGCUUAACAUUUGACAUGAUGGUUGUCUGGGAAGUCCCAGCUGUUGCUAGCCAGGCUUUACUCAGUGUAGAAGAAGAUGCAACAGUGAGUUUAGAAGCCUUCUCACGGAUCGCACCAGCAGUUCCAAUAAUAGCUGAUGUGAUUAUAUGUGAUAAUCUGUUUCAAAUGCUUACUUCAUCAACGGGUGGUCGGCUUCAGUUCUCUGUUUAUGACAAGUAUUUACAUGGCCUGGAGAGAGCAAUAAAGAAGAUGAGGACUCAGUCCGAAUCAUCUUUGCUUUCUGGUGUUCGAUCAAAAAGAGAAAAGAUUCUGGAAAUAGACGGGACAGUUACUACCCAACCAGUUCUUGAACAUGUCGGAAUAUCAACGUGGCCAGGUCGCUUAAUCCUGACAGACCAUUCCCUAUAUUUUGAGGCCUUAAAGGUCGUGUCUUAUGACACACCAAAGCGAUAUCACCUAUCUGAAGAUCUAAAGCAAAUAAUUAAACCUGAGUUAACUGGUCCUUGGGGCACUCGGCUUUUCGACAAGGCCGUUUCUUACCAGUCUAUAUCUCUAUCAGAACCAGUGGUAAUGGAAUUCCCAGAGCUUAAAGGCCACACACGCCGUGAUUACUGGCUCACUAUUAUACAAGAGGUAUUAUAUGUUCAUAGAUACAUAAACAAGUACAAGAUCACCGGUUUGGCAAGAGACGAAGCACUUUCAAAGGCUGUCCUUGGCGUUAUGCGUGUCCAAGCUCUUCAAGAACUCAAUUUGACAAACGCAAUGCGGUACGAAAAUCUUCUCCCGUUCAAUCUCUGCGAUCAGCUUCCCGGUGGAGAUCUGAUUCUUGAGACGCUUGCAGAGAUGUCUACCUCAAGAGAGCUCCAUCGAUCAAAUAAAUCCAAAGAUACAGGGACAUUACAUUCCUCAGCUUCUGAUAUGGUUUCGCAGCUGGGUUCUGUGUUUGGAGGGUCAAGUCCUAGGAGCAGGAGGGAGACGAGUAGUCUUGUGGUAGGUGAAGUAGUGGUUGGAGAUGUGAAUCCAUUAGAGAGAGCAGUGAAGGAGUCGCGCAAGAAAUACGAGAAAGUAGUUCUAGCGCAAGAGACGAUUAAUGGGGUGAAAAUGGGUGGCAUUGACACCAACUUAGCCGUGAUGAAGGAACUGAUGCUUCCAAUAAUGGAAACCUGGAACUUAAUUCUAUCUGUGGUGUAUUGGGAUGAUCCUACAAAGUCUAGUGUUUUCUGUCUCUUGACCACUUUCAUAAUUUGGAGGGGAUGGCUUGUUUAUGUCUUUGCUCUUGCGUCUCUCUUCUCUGCCAUCUUCAUGGUUCUCACAAGAUGUUUCAGCAGAGAAAAGCUCAUGAUCGAGCUGAAAGUAACUGCUCCUCCUCCAAUGAACACAAUGGAACAGCUUUUGGCAGUCCAGAACGGGAUCUCGGAGCUCGAACAGAACAUUCAAGACGCAAACAUCGUUCUUCUCAAGUUCCGAGCUUUAUUAUUCUCGCUUUUCCCUCAGGCGAGCCAGAAGUUUGCGAUUGCGAUUGUGGUCGCAGCGACGAUGAUGGCCUUUGUUCCGGGACGCUACUUGCUUUCGGUUGUAUUUGUUGAGCUUUUCACAAGAUACUCGCCACCAAGGAGAGCUAGCACGGAACGGUUAAUAAGGCGGUUGAGAGAGUGGUGGUUUAGUAUACCAGCGGCUCCAGUGGUCCUUCUACAUGACAAGAACAAUAAGAAGAAGAAGAACUAAUUGGAGAGCGUCUAUAGUUGCCACAGACGUACAUAUAUACUUAUAAUCUAUACAUUUAUGUAUGUAUGUAUGUAUGCAGUUUGUGUAUGUAUUAAGCUUAAUUUCGGGAGCCAACUCUUGAAUUCAAUAAAAUUUUACAAAAAUAAUGAAUUUUUGAAAUAAAAAAGAUGAUC